AUGUUUGCUAAACUCAAGAAGAAGAUCGCUGAGGAGGCGGCUACAGCUCCUCGCACCGGAGUCCGAAUCCCACGCACCAUCAGCAGAGAGUCCAUCACUUCUGUGGGUGCAGACUCUGGAGAUGACUUUGCGUCUGACAGCAGCAGCUCCAGGGACGACCUUCCAGCUCAGCUCCAGCGAAGGAACAAUCAGAUUCGCCGACUCGAGGCGAAGCUCUCCGACUACGCUGAGCAGCUGAGACUUUUGCAGAAGACCAAGGACAAGCUUGAAAUUGCAUUAGAAUCGCACCAGGAUUCUUCAAUAAAGAAAAUGCAAGACCAGAACGAGUCCUAUGUCGCCAGUAGAGCAAAAAUGGCCGAAGGCAUGACGCUGGCUCUGGAGAAGAAAGACCAGGAGUGGAUGGCGAAGUUGGAAGCAGUCGAAAAGGAGAAGGCGGCGCUCUCGUCUCAGCUGACUGAAAUGACGGAACAAAGUCUGGCUCUGUUUCAGAAACGCGACGAUCACGAUGAGCUGGAAGGAUUCCAACAACAGGAGCUGGCCAAAGUCAAACACAUGCUGCUGAGGCGCGAGGAGCAGGUGAGCCGCCAGGAGCAGGAGCUGCAGCACAAAGAGGCCGAGGUUCAGUCCAUGAGGCGAGAACUGCAGCGGCUGCAAGAGGAGCACGAGGAGAGCAGCCGCCUCAACAGCGAGCUGCACAUAGAGAGAGAAGAGCUGCUGUUGUUCCGAGAAGAGUCUGAAAAAAAGAUCCUGGACUUGGAGACUCAGUGUGAGGAGCUGCAGGCGGUAAUCAAGCAGGUGUCAGAGGACUUUCAACAGUCUCAAAAUACAGUGAUGACGUUGGAAAAAUCAUUACAAGAACUCCAGACCGACUAUGAUGCUCGGAGUCUGCAACAACAAAAGGCGGCUGUAACAGAAGAGGAAAAGGAGCGCACCCUGUUGGAGCUACAAAAGAAAGUAACGUCUUUGGAAAGAAGGCUCCAAGGAAACCUGACCCAGGACGAGCACCUGCAGGAGCUGCUCCAGGAGAAAACCAGUUUGGAGCAAAAUAUGGAGGAGACAAGAGCAGAGUUGCUAGCUGCUCGGACAAACCACGCAGACACAGUGAGCUCUCUGGAGGCACAGGUGAGCCGAAUGAGCAGCACCAUCAGUGAGCUCCAGACUCUGCUCCGACACAAAGACGAGUCGUCCAGGGCCUACAGGGAGCGGACGGACGCACAGAUUUCAAGUCUGGACCAGCAGUUGUCAGAAAGUAACGAGAGGUUAAAGAGCUCAGAGCGACAAAUGGAGGAGCAAGAGCAGAGCACAGAGAAACUGAGAGGAGAGUGGGGGACAGAGAAGGCCUUUUUGGACCAACAGCUGAGUUUGUUGGAGAAGCAGAGUCAGGAGAAAUGCAGACGACUGGAAGAAAACGUCAGCACUUUACAGACGGACAACCAGAGACUGCAGGACUCGCUGGGCGAUCUGGAGAAGAGAAAACAGGAGGACGAAUGUGCUUUGAGACGAGGAGGAGAGGAGCUUGAGAAAUAUAAGGGCGACCUCAGCAGCCAACACAGAAUAUGCACAGAAAUCACGAAAGCUCUAGAGGACACGAGACGACAGAAAGAAGAGCUGCAGACACGGGUUGCAGAGUUCACUGCUUCUUUAGUCUCACAUCAACACGAGCUUACGAGUGCGACGGAGACACUGCAGCAGAAAGACGACCAGAUUAAAGUGCUUCAAAAAGAGGUGCAGAGUGGACUGGAGUCUCUGCAGCAGCUCAGGGACGAGUCGGAGAAACAUCGAACUGAGACUCGACAAAGUGAAGAGGAAAAAGAGAAAGAGCUGUGGAGUCUGAAGGAGGAGCUGCGUGGCCAGACUCAGCAGCUGGACACCAGCCAGGCCCGGAUCUCGUUCUUGGAGGUGGAGGUGGAGACUCUGACUGAGCAGCAGCAGCAGCAUCUGGAAGUCUGUGAGGAGGAACAGAAUGGCUCUGUGACCGUGCACGACCUCGACCACAUGCAGAAGAUCAACCGAGACCUGGAGCAGCUGCUCGGGGAGAAAAACCGGACCAUAAAGCAGUUACAGCAGAGACUGGCAGAGCUUAAGAGGACUCUACAGAAAGAACUGAAACUGAAGCCUGAAAGUGACGCUGACGUGAGGGAGACUCGUGCGGACAAACAAGAACGGAUCAGUCCAGACCCCCCGACCACAUCCAGCCCCGGCCCCCUGACCUCCACCACCACCGUCACCAACACGUCCGACCUCAACGACUCCAGGGAGAUCAACUUUGAAUACCUCAAACACGUCGUGCUCAAGUUCAUGUCCUGUAAAGAGGCCGAGGCCUUCCAUUUAAUCAGAGCGGUGUCGGUGCUGCUGAAUUUCACCCGUGAAGAGGAAGAUUUGUUGAAGCAGACUUUGGAAUACAAGAUGUCCUGGUUUGGAUCCAAGCCUUCUCCUAAAGGUAUCAUCCGGCCUUCCAUCUCCGGCAGCUCUUCACACUGGAGCUGA